UCCUGGUCGUAAAUAAUAAUUAAUUAAUUAAAUCAAAAAAAUCCCCAUUGUUUUGCCGUCGGGGCCGCGCGAUCGGAAGCGGAGGUUCGGUGGGCGUUUUUAGCCGCCAAAAUCCUCUCGCCCGGCAACGAACAGAGACUCUCUCUUUCUCAUUCUCACCUUUCAAUCUUCUCUCUUCUCUCUUAGUCCAUCUCCAACUCUCCCCUUCAUCCCAUCCCACAUCCACCACUCUCAAUUGACAGCGUGCUUCUGUCUCUUCUCUCCUAGAUACCCGCCACAAUGUUUGCUGCUCGUCAGUCCUUCGGCCUCUUCCAGAAGCGCGCCUUCUCCGCUUCUGCCCGCCAGGCAUCCAAGGUCGCCGUCCUCGGUGCUGCCGGUGGUAUUGGCCAGCCUCUCUCCCUGCUGCUGAAGCUCAACCCCCGUGUUUCCCAGCUCGCUCUCUACGACAUCCGCGGAGGCCCAGGUGUCGCUGCCGAUCUGAGCCACAUCAACACCAAGAGCACCGUCACCGGUUACGAGCCCACCCCCUCCGGUCUGCGCGAUGCUCUCUCCGGCUCUGAGAUCAUUCUGAUCCCCGCCGGUGUUCCCCGCAAGCCUGGCAUGACCCGUGAUGACCUCUUCAACACCAACGCCUCCAUCGUCCGCGACCUCGCCAAGGCCGCUGCCGAGGCUGCCCCCGAGGCCAACAUCCUGGUCAUCUCCAACCCCGUCAACUCCACCGUCCCCAUCGUCUCUGAGGUCUACAAGUCCAAGGGUGUCUACAACCCUAAGCGCCUCUUCGGUGUCACCUCUCUGGACGUUGUUCGUGCCUCCCGCUUCAUCUCGGAGAUCAAGAAGACCGACCCCGCCAACGAGUUCGUCCCCGUUGUCGGUGGUCACUCCGGUGUCACCAUCGUUCCUCUGCUCUCUCAGUCCAACCACCCCGACAUUGAGGGCGAGGUCCGUGACAAGCUCGUCAACCGCAUCCAGUUCGGUGGUGAUGAGGUCGUCAAGGCCAAGGACGGUGCCGGUUCCGCCACCCUCUCCAUGGCUUUCGCCGGUGCUCGCUUCGCCGAGUCCCUCCUGAAGGCUGCUCAGGGCGAGAAGGGCGUCAUUGAGCCCACUUUUGUCGAGAGCCCUCUCUACAAGGACCAGGGCGUCGACUUCUUCGCCUCCAAGGUCGAGCUCGGCCCCAACGGUGUUGAGAAGAUCCUCCCCGUCGGUGACGUCAGCCCCUACGAGCAGAAGCUCCUCGAUGCCGCUCUGGUUGACCUCAAGAAGAACAUCAAGAAGGGUAUCGACUUCGUCAAGGCCAACCCUUAAAUUAUAGACGUCCCGUGAUGCGGUUGCAGCUGCGUUGUCACUCUGUAAAAGCACCCUUGCCCCUUUUUACCGUACACCAUUUAAACUAUCUACCUCAUGUACUCUUAUCCCUCUCCUCUAGGCUUUCUCAUAUAAAGUCUUCCUCUAUACCAGAGUAAUGCAGCUGCAGCUAUCUUGAAAUAUAGAUGUCCCAAUGACAGGAACGAAAAAGGAAGUUUCCUACAAUCUACACUCCCUUUUUGUUCCCAUCCUCUUUUAAUGGAAUGGGCCAAUGGGUCAUAUACAUGGCCGGAAUUAGACCAGUAGAGGAGUGAGAAAUGUUCGUUCAUUACGCAUCUCUUUGCGCUACGCAUAAACUCUCGCACAGUAAAUGUUCACUAGCACUAGUAUACGAUCUAAAUAUAGGCCUGAGACGAUGGAAGC